CAUAUAAAAUCUUGCAAUUAGCAACUUUUAAUAGUCGGUAUAACACUUCAAUAAGAAGAGAAAUUACUAAUGAGAAGUCUGCUACAACACUGGAAAGGUCACAUACAAUGUCUCUUUUAAAAGAUUCGUAUUUUAAUGUAAAUGAAGCACCUUCCUUGCCAGAAGACAAGGAAUACCACGUCUUUUUCAGCUACGAAUAUGCAAAUCGUGACAGAAACUGGGUAAAAGCUGUAGUUCGGGAACUAGAAAAUAAAGGUUUUAAGUGUUGUGUCUAUGAAAAGGAUAAAAAUCAGAGCCAAUCGUUUUCUUCAAACAUUCAGCAUUUUAUUGACAAAUCCAUGCGGAUUGUUAUAGUUUUAUCGAAUACUUACAUAAACGGUGACUGGUCAAAAAUGGAAUUGGAAAUAUUGUCUCGAGGAAACGUGAACGAUUUAGUCUUCAUUCCAGUAUUGAUUGAACCUUGUAAUAUUCCACCGUUUCUAAAAGACUGUAUGUUCAUUAAUGCUACUUGCAUGCAAGUUAAAUGGUGGGAUCAAUUUUUGGAGCUGAUUCGAGGCGCUUGUCCUCAAUUGCCUCCAAAGAAAAAGUACCACGCGUUUUUCGCACACACAUCUAGAAACAAACGAUGGGUUGCAGAUGUAGUAAAAAUGCUUGAAUCACCCAAAGUUGGAAUAGUUUGCUGUUAUCCCGCCAGAAAUUUCAAAAAAGGACAAUCAAAACGAGAAUCAAUAGAGCAUGCGUUAAGACGUUCAGAGAAAGUAGUUGUCGUCAUCUCUGAUGAUUUUGUCAAUCAAGAAUGGAGACUUUACUAUGAAAAUAAGGUUCGCAGUAAAGAUAUAAUACCGGUUAUUGUUGAAGAUAGCUACAUUCCACCUGCUCUGGACGAAUGUGAAGCAAUAGAUGCAAGAUCGGACGAGUUUCAUUGGUUACCAAGCCUAUUUUCAGCUAUUACGGACAGUGUAUAUGUGCCAUCUGUGACAAGCUUAUCUAGAGAUGAUCCGGACUACGCCUCCACCAGUUUAUCCGAUAUUAGCGAAAAGAGUCAGACAAUAUCGGUUGUUUAACAAAAGUUCACGUUUAAAAAACAUUUAGAAAAAAAUCAUGCCAGCUGAGUUUUAAUAUUAUGUAGGAAAAAAACAGAAACUAGGAAAAUAUGUGAUUGAAAGUAACUGUAAAGUAAACUGAAUGGAAAUUGAAACGUAUUCGACAGGCAUGAUUGUGUAGGAGGACAAAGAAGAUAAACUACUAAAUGAUGUUGUUAAUAUAAUAUGACGUUAUUCAGCAAUUUAUAAUUGAUUGUUAAUAAAUCUAUUUGUUAAAUA